AUGGAAACUUAUAAUCAAACAUCUACUGAUUUCAUCUUAUUGGGGCUAUUCCCAGCAUCAAGAAUUGGCCUUUUCCUCUUCAUUCUUAUUGCCAUCAUUUUCCUAGUGGCUCUCUUUGGCAACCUCUGUAUGAUCCUCCUUAUCUAUCUGGAUACUCAUCUACACACACCCAUGUAUUUCUUACUUAGUCAACUCUCCCUUGUUGAUCUAAAUUACAUUUCCACCAUUGUACCCAAAAUGGCUUCCAACUAUCUCUUUGGAAACAAGUCAAUUUCCUUUAUUGGAUGUGGGUUUCAGAGUUUCUUCUUCUUGAGUUUAGCAGGUGCAGAAACACUGCUGCUGACAUCCAUGGCCUAUGAUCGUUAUGUGGCUAUUUGCUUUCCUCUCCACUACCCCAUUCGGAUGAGCAAAAAAGUGUGUUUACUGAUGAUUAUAGGAUCUUGGAUGAUGGGGUCUAUCAACUCCUGUGCACACACUGUGUAUGCCCUCCACAUCCCUUAUUGCCGAUCCAGGUCCAUUAACCAUUUCUUCUGUGAUGUCCCAGCCAUGUUGACUCUGGCUUGUAUGGACACCUGGGUCUAUGAGUACACAGUGUUUGUGAGCACCACUCUUUUUCUUGUGCUUCCUUUCAUUAUUAUUGUCUAUUCUUAUGGCUGUGUUUUUCUAGCAGUCUACCGCAUGCCCUCAACAGAAGGGAGGAAAAAAGUCUAUUCUACGUGCAGCACCCACCUCACUGUGGUGAGUUUCUUUUAUGCACCCUUUGCUUACACUUACCUAAGACCAAGAUCCUUCAGAUCUCCAACAGAGGACAAGACUCUGGCUGUCUUCUACACUAUUCUGACCCCAAUGCUCAACCCUAUCAUCUACAGCCUGAGAAACAAAGAGGUGAUGGGGGCUCUGAGAAGAUGGAUUCAGAGAAUUGCUCUGUGA